AUGGCGAAAAAGGGAAAAAAGAAUAAUAAAGCCGGAGGGGACAUCUGGGAUGAAGAGUUAGAAAACGAAAUUGACUCGGCCCAAGAGUUUGGAGCCACUCCAGAGCCCGAAGGAUCUGUAUCUACCAGUGAAGAACCGAAAGAAGCUGAGGAAGCUGAUUUUCUUUCGGCCCUAAAAGCAUCCAAGGAUAAGUUAGAGAAAAAAGCAGAGGAUGAGGCUGCCAAGCCAACACUGAAAACCAAGAAGCAGAAGGAAAAGGAAAAGAAGGAGAAAGAAAAGGCAUUGAAGAAAGAGUUGGCAAAGAAGAAGAAGGAACAACAACAGGCACAAAAGGAUUUGGUUAAACAGCAGAAUAAAGAGUUUGCAGAGAAACAGAAGGCUGAAAAAGAUGCUGCUGCUGCUGCUUCUGCUGCUGUCGCCUCUGCUUCGACUUCUCCUGCUCCCGAAUCUGCUCCUGAACUUACUGAAAGUUCCGAACCUGCUCCUACAACUUCUGCUCCUAAGAAGAAGGGAAAGAAGGUCCCUGCUGGUAUUGCUGCGCUUAAACGCCAGCUGGAAUUAAAGAAGCAAGCUGAAGAGGAGGCUGCCGCAUUGGAAGCUGAACAGGCUCGUUUGGCUGCUGAAGAAGAGGCCCGCCUGGCCGCUGAGGAGGCUGCCAGACAGGCUGAACUCAAAGCCAAGGAAGAAGAACUUAGAUUAGAACGGGAAAGGCUGAAGGCUGAGGGCAAAUUGUUAUCCAAGAGACAGCAGCAACAACGAGAGCUGGCAGAGAAGCGUCGAGAGCAAAUGCUGGCCACCGGUAAAUUCAGGGUAGCCGGUCUUCAAAGUGACUCUACUCCCAAACAACCCCCUGCCUAUGCCAAGAGAAAGCCAAACAGGUUCUCUAAAACGGUAGAAACCCCUGCCGAACAGGAAACUCCGGUUAAGGUCGCCGUCAAAGAGGAGUCCACUCAAGAAAAAGAUAGUGAGGAAGAAAAUGCUAUUGCUGAUGACUGGGAAAAGUUAGCUCUUGAAGAAAAUGAUGAGCCAAUUGUUGAUAGUUGGGAAGCUCUAGAAGAUGUUAUCAAGGAUGAGAAAUCCGAAGCAGCAGAAGCGCCUUCAAAGCAACCUUCCAAGGAGGAAGCUCCUAAGGAGACUCCUAAAAAAGUUGAAGAGCAGAAGGCUCCUCAGAAAUUAGCCCCCGAAAAGAAGUCUGCUCCAGUAGAACAGAAGGAAACAAAGCCUAUCAAAGCAGCUUCCAAGAUUGAAGAACUUGAUAAGUCCGGAAAAGUUUCCAAGUCUGCUUCUAAGGCAGCAGAAAAGGAAAGUGACACUUCCAAUCUACGUUCACCAAUUUGUUGUAUCUUGGGACAUGUCGACACCGGUAAGACAAAACUGUUAGACAAGAUUCGUCAAACUAAUGUUCAAGGUGGAGAAGCCGGUGGUAUUACCCAACAAAUUGGUGCUACAUACUUCCCAGUGGAAGCAAUAAAGAAAAAGACUGAAGUCAUGCAGGUAUAUGAAAAACGUAUAUUUGAAGUUCCUGGUCUGUUGAUCAUUGAUACUCCAGGUCACGAGUCUUUCACUAACUUGAGAUCCAGAGGUUCUUCGUUGUGUAACAUAGCCAUUUUGGUUAUAGAUAUUAUGCAUGGUUUGGAACAACAAACUAUUGAGUCUCUGCGUCUACUGCGUGACCGUAAGGCUCCAUUUAUUGUGGCAUUGAACAAAAUUGAUCGUCUUUACGACUGGCAAACCAUCCCCAACAACUCGUUCCGUGACUCUUUCUCUAAGCAGACAAGAAGUGUUCAACAGGAAUUUGAAGAUAGGCUUACCAAGAUCAAGGUUGCUCUUGCUGAGCAAGGUCUGAACUCCGAAUUAUACUUCCAAAACAGAAACAUGGCCAAGUAUGUUUCCAUUGUACCUACAUCAGCUGUUACUGGUGAAGGUGUACCAGAUUUGUUGUGGUUACUUUUGGAAUUAACUCAGAAGAGAAUGAGCAAACAGCUGAUGUAUCUAUCUGAAAUUUCUGCUACUAUUCUGGAAGUCAAGGUAGUUGAAGGUUUCGGUACUACCAUUGAUGUUAUUCUUUCCAACGGUAUCCUGAGAGAAGGUGAUCGUAUCGUGCUCUGUGGUUUGAACGGUCCUAUUGCUACAAAUAUUAGAGCGCUUCUAACGCCGCCCCCAUCUCGUGAGCUACGUAUCAAGUCAGAAUAUAUCCACCAUAAAGAGGUUAAAGCAGCUCUGGGUGUUAAGAUUGCUGCCAAUGAUUUGGAAAAGGCUGUGGCUGGUUCCAGACUGCUGGUUGUCGGACCUGAUGAUGAUGAAGAGGAAUUAAAGGAUACUGUUAUGGAUGAUCUUACAGGUCUUCUGGACUCUGUCGACUCAUCUGGUCACGGUGUUACCGUGCAAGCAUCUACGCUGGGUUCUUUAGAAGCUCUUCUUGAUUUCCUAAAGGAUAUGAAGAUCCCAGUUAUGUCUAUAGGUCUAGGACCAGUUUACAAGAGAGACGUGAUGAAGGCAACAACCAUGUUGGAAAAGGACAAGGAGUACGCUGUCAUGUUAUGCUUCGAUGUUAAAAUUGAUAAAGAAGCUGAACAAUACGCCGACGAACAAGGAAUCAAAAUUUUCAAUGCUGAUGUCAUUUACCAUCUGUUUGAUGCAUUCAGUGCCUAUCAGGCCAAGUUAUUGGAGCAACGUCGUAAGGAUUUCCUUGAGUACGCAAUUUUCCCUUGUGUCUUGAAGACUCUGCAGAUUAUCAACAAACGUCAACCAAUGAUUAUUGGUGUGGAUGUUAUAGAGGGUACAGUCCGUAUUGGAACACCAAUCUGUGCUGUUCGUUUGGAUCCUGAAACCAAGCAAAGAAACAUUAUGGUUUUGGGUAAAGUAACUUCGCUGGAAAUAAACCACAAAGCUGUUGAUUCCGUAAAGAAGGGACAAACUAGCGCCGGUGUUGCCAUGCGUUUGGAUAACCCUUCAGCUGCUCAACCGGUAUGGGGACGUCAUGUCGAUGAGUCAGACACUUUGUAUUCCCUCAUCUCCAGAAAAUCCAUCGACACUCUGAAAGAUCCAGCAUUCCGUGACACUGUGACUAGAGAAGAUUGGCUUCUUUUACGUAAAUUGAAACCUGUCUUUGAUAUUAAAUAG